AUGUCUACUGCCAACACCAGCAUCCUCAUCCCAGCACAAUCAACCAACAACAUCCAGCCAGUCAUCACUGCUGAAAAUGCCAAGUGGAUGGUCAAGGAGGCUGCCAGGGUUACAAUGCAGGCACUGAGAGGACUUCAGGGCCAGGAUGCUAAGCACUGGGGCAAAGUGGCUCAGCUUGUGUGGGCCCAGCUGCCUAAGUCUCACCCAUAUUACAAGGUCAUGGAGGAGCUUACCAGGCCUUUGUCAAGUGCCAAGCACCAGGCACAGCCAGUGGAUAAGGGGAAGGGGAAGAGUUGGGUACAGAUGAGGCUCAAAGGAUUCAGCUUCUGGACCACUGAUAUGGGAUCCAAAGAUGCACCCACAGAAACUAUGGCUAGGACCACUGGAGUUGUGAUGCAGAAGCUGGGAAAUGAGGAGGAUCAGAACAGGGAGAAGGCAUGGGGCCAUAGCCAGUCAAGAUGUGGCCAGCCAGCAUCCAAGCCUGUCAAUGCCAGUGAUCAGACCAGUAGAGGCCAGUGCUGGUCAAGGAGACCAAUGAAGAAGGCAAAACCAGCAGUCAAUGAGGAUGUGCAGGACCACUCCAUCAACCAGUCAACAAGCCAAACAUCAAAGGGCACCAAGCUGAAAUCAAUAUGCUGGUCCAUCCAAAGUAACAAGCCAUCAUUCAUCUCCUGGCCCAUGGACUGGCCACCCCAAAGCAUUGCAACAGACCCACCCAUCACUCCAGCACCAACUACUACAACUGGUGCCAAUGAUCCAUGCCAUUGUGAUGAGUAUUGGGAAGAGGUUACCAUCCUUAAGCAGGAGAAUGCUGACAUGAGGCAGGAGAUAGAUGUAACCCAUACUGAGCUUGCUGCUCUCCAUUGGGUGCCCCAGACAUGCUUAACCAUCCUCUGGUCCCAUUUCACACUACUUCCAACCCUACACCAGUACCUCACAUGCUGGUCAUGGUGGAACUUGGCACUGCAACUGGUGUUGUUGAGGUUCAAUCAUCCUGAAGCAGCUCAAGACAGGAGUCCACUGAACCCCCCCCCAGCUUCAUUUGAGGGAGGUGCUGGCUUGGAAAUGCCUCCUUCAAAUGUCAAAGCUGUGCAUGGACCUGCUGGAGGUCUGGCAAUCUCUAUCACUCCACCACCACCACCAGUUGGAUCAGUGCCCAGACAGGAAGAUGCAGCAAUAUAUUCUGUAUUGUCAAAAUGUGAUCUCCAGGAAGAAGUAGCUACUGCUACUGGUAGUUGUUCCUGUAUGAUUCAGAUACUGGAAAACCAAUCUGGUAUGGUGAUCAUGAUGGUGACUUUCAUGGUAUUGUUCUGGCUUGCUGGAGGCCAUAAGGCAUUGAAUUCACAGUUUACAUGUACUGGCAUGGUACUGGUACCAGUACAUACAUACACUGUAGACCUGCUUCCAGGAGGUCAGGCAGGUCAGGCAUGGCAUGGUAUAAUUUCUGGGCAGGCCUCCAUGGCAUUGGUGCUGGGACAGCUUGACUGUUGGCCUCAUGGCAUUGGGGAUGUGCUGGAACUCAUUACAAUGGUGCUGGGACUGCUUCCACAGCAUUGGUGUUGUGCUGGAACACAUUACAAUGGUGCCCAGAUGGCUUGCAUGAUGGACUCAUGGCAUUGGUGUUGUGCUGGAACACAUUACAAUGGUGCCAGAAUGGCUUUCAUGAUGGCCCCAUGGCAUUGGGGAUGUGCUGGCACUCAUUACACAGGUGCCAGGAUGGCCUGCAUGAUGGACCUGUGGCAUUGGGGAUAUGCCAGAAUACAUGGAACUGGUGCCAGGCCAGCCUCCAUGGCAUUGGUCCGGUGCUGGUACACAUUACAAUGGUGCCAGAAUGGCCUUCAUGAUAGGCCUCAUGGUAUUGGGGAUGUGCCAGAAUACAUGGCAUGGGUUCCAGGAUGGCUUCCAUGGCAUUGGUGGUGUGCUGGAACACAUUCCAAUGGUGCCAGGAUGGCCUGCAUGAUGGCCCCAUGGCAUUGGGGAUGUGCUGGAACACAUGGACCUGGUGCCAGGCCAUCUUCCAUGAUGGCCCCAUGGCAGUGGCAAUGUGCCAGAACACAUGGCAUUGGUGCCAGCAUGGCUUCCAUGGCAUUAGCAUUGUGCCAGUUCACAUUAAAUCAGUGCCAGCUGGGACAGCUUCCAUGGCAUUAG